AUGACGGGACAGAAAGAUGUGGACAUACCCGAAACAGGAGCCAUCUUCACAUUCGGUAAGAGCAGCUUUGCAGACAAUGUGCCUGGUAAAUUCUGGUUGAAGAACGAUCAGCCGCUGCACGUUUCCUGUGGCGGAGAGCACACCGCUGUCAUCACAGAGCAUGGCAGGCUGCUCAUGUUUGGUGUUAAUACGUGGGGCCAGUUGGGGCUUGGAUUUAAGCCUGCUGCCAGCAAACCUGCCACCGUGAAAGCCUUAAAGUCAGAGAAGGUGAAGCUUGUAGCUUGCGGGAGAGAUCACACAAUUGUCUGCACAUGGCGGGGGAGUGUGUAUGGUGCUGGCAGUAACCAGGAGGGGCAGCUCGGUUUGGGCCACCGCAACAACACUACAGCCUUUCACCGGCUGAAUCCUUUCUGUGAGCAUGCACCAAUCAAAAUGCUUUCUGCAGGAUGCAACACAUCAGCGGCUUUAACAGAGGACGGGAGGCUGUUCAUGUGGGGAGACAACUCUGUGGGUCAGAUUGGUUUAGGGGACGAGGGAUUCGCAGCAGAACCCAGAGAGGUCUCUGUCGGGGCGGCGGUGGCGUGGGUCUCCUGUGGGUACCACCACUCAGCAUUAGUCACAGUGGAUGGAGAUCUUUAUACGUUUGGUGAGAGUGCGAACGGGAGGCUCGGUCUCCAGGUGGAGGAGUUGGCCGAUCACAGAGUCCCUCAGCGGGUGCAAGGGAUUCUGGGUCGGGUCACUCAGGUGUGCUGUGGAGGGGCGCACACAGUGGCACUCACAGAGGAGAGCGUGUACACGUUCGGCAGGGGUCAGCACGGUCAGCUGGGCCAUGGAACAUUUCUGUUUGAAGUCGAUUUGCCAAAACCGCUGGAGCACUUUUGUAGCGGCAGCAUCAAGAAUAUCGCCUGUGGAGAGAACCACACUGCUGUGAUCACAAACAGCGGGCUUCUCUACACGUUUGGUGAUGGUCGUCAUGGAAAACUGGGCUUAGGGGAGGAGAACUUCAUCAACCAGUUCAGCCCGACACUCUGCAAACGUUUUCUCAAGUACAAUGUUCAACUAGUGUCCUGUGGCGGGAACCACAUGCUGGCACUGGCUGCACCCAGACCACCAGAGAGCCAAGACGUUGUGCCAGAGAAGGAUGUCGCAAUCACAGAGAACCUUUUGGAGUCAAGCUACACAGAAAUCCUCCUGCUGGACGCUUUGAUUGAUCCUAAUCUACUAGUCCCACUGUCAGCCCUCUCAGCUCGAGCCCGCCACAGAGAAAAAGGAAGCUCUGUGGAGCUGUUUGGGGAGAUGUUUCAAAACCUCCCACGUCUAAAUUCUGGCUUCCUCGACACCUCCUGGCAAACGUCCAGAAAUAUCCCAACCCCUAAAAUGCAUUCAAGGGACCUUAGUACCCCUUCAUCAUCCCCCAAACCGCAAAGGGAGAAACUGUUGUCACAGAUGAAGUGGAGGAGAACGUCUCUGAGAAAGAAGUUGACGCUGACUUUUUGCCAGAUAUGCUCUGAAGUAAAGGACAAAAAAAAGUCAAAGGAAUCCAAACUGAAGGCAAAGACAAAGCCAGGGAGAGAAGAAGGAGAGGGAGUCAAAGUUAAAGGAGAUGCUGAUGGAGACUCCAAAGAUAAUACGAGGGCCAAGCCUAAGCGUAAGCAGGAUACACCCACUGAAGUGGUGUCUAACACUAUUUCCACACAAAGCCCUAAGAGAACAGUGGUGGCUUCCACCGGCGGUGCCAAAUCCCUGCAAGAGCCCGAACCUGUUGAUACGGAUUUACUUGUGUCUAAAAGAAACAGAGAGGAUGCUCAGGGCCAGACUGAAGAAAAGCCAAAGUGGGGGGAAAUUCUCGGUACAGCAGCUGCUCUUCUUCCUGCUGUUGGGAUAGCGGGUGCCGCUAUGGAGGUCCUUAGAGAUCCAGUGACGAGCUUUGGGGGUUUCCAGUCUGACAGUGACACCGCUACCUCUACACCACCUAAAACAACCAGUCAAGUGAAGCAAUUCACAAAGCAGAGUGCAAUUAUGCAACCUUCCUUUUCCUCGUCAUCAGAUUUUUCUUCAGCAGAAGCAUCAAAUCCACCAGAAGAAAGAAAAGAUGUUCAGCUCAGUGUCCCAUCAGAGUCAGAGAAGGCAGUUCAAGAAGGAGAAAGUAAUGAUACCAGUCACGAUCAGUCACAAAUGAAAAGUGACAUCUCCGAGCAGAUUGAGGGUGAAGACAUUUCACAAACAGAGGUGAAGAACAGUGGCACAGACACAGACACUUCCAAGCAAGAACAUGGAGAAGAUGAGAAAACCUACUUCCUUCCUACUAAGCCUUCCGAAGAGGAAGGGGAUAACGAGGGAGAAGAAAAAGAUACUGAAGAUGAAGAUGGAGAGAGUGGAAGUAAUGUGGAAGACAAAGAAGAAGAGGAGGAGGGAAGUGAAAGUAGUGAUGAUAUAGAAGAGGAAAAGGAGAGUGUUUCUGAAGAAGCUGAGGAAGAGCAAGAUACUGAGACUGCAGAGGAAGAGGGGAGGGAAGAUGAUGUUACAAGGAGUGAGGAAGAGGAUGAAGGAAGCGAGAAGAGUGAUGUUACAGAGGCUGAAGAGGAGGAAGAAGAAAGCAGCGAGAAAACAGGUGGAGGAAGUAGCUCUGAGGUAAGUGAAGCAGCAGAGGAAGAGGAGGAAAGUGAAGUAUCUAGUGAAGAAGAGAAUAAAGAGGAGGAAGAGGAAAGUGAAGAAUCUAGUGAAGAGAAUAAAGAGGAGGAAGAGGAAAGUGAAGAAUCUAGUGAAGAAGAGAAUAAAGAAGUGGAGGAAAGUGAAGAGUCUAGUGAAGAUGAGAAUAAAGAAGAAGAGGAAGAAAGUGAGGUGAGUAAGGAUGAAGAAGAGGAAAGUGGUGAAGAAUCGGGGAGUACAGCCAGCAGCAAGAGCAACGAGUCAGAGGAGGAGGACAGAGAGGCAAGUGAGACUGCAGAGUCUGAUGAAGAUGAAGAAAAUGACGCAGAGGAAGAAAAGAGUGAAAGUGAGGAACAAAAAGAUGAUCAAGAUUCCACCGAAAGUGAGGAUGAGGAGAAAGACUCCAAAGAAGACGAAGAAACAGAUGAGAGUGAAGGAGAGGAAGAUGAGAAACAGGACGAAUCGAGUGUUGAAAAUGAGGAGGAAGAGGAAGAAGAGAGUGAGGCUGAUGAAGAAGAGGAAGAGCAAGAUGAGAAGAGCGAUAACGAAAAUGAGGAGGAUGAAGAAGCAUCUUUAGAUGACGGGGCUGAGGACGAGACAGCAGAGGAUGAAGAAGAGGGGGAGGGUGAAGAGGAGGAAGAAAGUAAGAAGGUUUCAGAGGAAGAAGAGGAUGAAGGAGGAGUUGAGGAAGAGACUGGAGAGGAGGGGGAAGAAGAAGAGGGUGAGGAGGAAGAAGAGGAGACUGGAGACGAGGGGGAAGAAGAAGAGGGUAAGGUUACAGAGGAGGAGGAAGAAGAAGGUGAGGAAGAACCAUCUUUAGAAGAGGGGGAAGAUGAGGAAAAACCUGGUGAGGAGGAGGAAGACGAUGAGGGAGGAGUUGAGGAAGAGGCUGCAGAGGAUGAAGAAGAGGAAGGCGAUGAGGAAGAAGAAGAAGAAGAAGAGGAGGAAGAGGAGGAAAAGCCCCAGAAGAAGUCUCCUGAACAGAAAGAAACACCUAAACCAGCACCGAGGACGAAGCAGAGAGCUGCAGCGGAGAAGAGACCCGACGACUCUCAGCAGUUCUGGGACGACGUGCUGCCGCAGUACCUCGACCUGCAGUGA